AGGGCAGUGGCGCACCCGUCUUCGUUCGGUGAUGACGAGGAUGUCGUUGAAGAGGAAGAGGUAGCACAUGGGCGAGGCCGCCUGAGUGCCCCGGACGAUCCGCUUCACCUCCCCCUCAACUUCCAAAAUCUGCAGUCGGCCUACAACCAGAAGAACGCCUGCCUCGCCACCAUCCCGGCCGCGUCCACCGCGCCCGCUGCCGAUGCCGCCACCACGCCCGCCAGGCGGGACGUGACCUUCCCACUCUCCCCACCCCGGAUGAACGUGGUGCUGGAGAGUCUCGCCGGUUGUCUGUCGGAGCGCAUCAUGGAAAACGACGGCAACGUUGCCGAGCCCCGCCUCUCCUAUCUUCGCAGCUGUACGCGCGUCCGCCGUCCUUCCUCUCGCCCUCCUCCUCCCCGUAACCACCACGUCCCUGAAGAGCCAGAGGAGGUGAAGAGCCGGCCGAGAGAGUGCACACCAUUCAGACAGCGCACAUGA